AUGGAUGUGCACUUUCGAGAACUCGAGCCAUAUUACACUCAGAAGGUAACUUCAUCUGCUGGUAACUCGUCCAAUACUAGAAGUAUGGGGCGAGAGGAGGAGAAUGGUGAGAGACCGGAGAACAAUGUGGAGAAAUCCAUUUCUGUAUCGAUUCCUUGGGAGGGCGAAUUGGUUGAGGAGGAGUUGGUUGAGGAGGAGCCGGAGAAUCACGAAGAAAAGGAACAAGAGACAAGAGGUGUUGCUAAGAAGGACCCAAAAUGGAAAGCGGCUAUGCACGAGGAGCUAGGAGCUCUAGAGAAGAACCGCACUUGGGAGCUAGUAAAGUUACCAGAAGGAAAGAGAGCAGUUGGAUGCAAAAACCGGGUGGGUCGUGCGCGGCCCGAAUCCGCAACCCGGCAACCCGCUCCGCCUCCCUCCGCCGACCAGAAGUUUAAGGCCGCUUCGCCGCGGGUGCAGCAGAAAGUGCUGGAGAAAUGCCAGGGCUUCUUCUCCAACAACGAUGAGUCUGAGGAGGACGACGAAGGGGAGGAUGUGGGCAAUUCUAGGGCUUUUGAAUUUUUUGUGGGCUUAUUUGAGAAAGACGGGGAUUUGAGGGGGUUUUAUGAGAAAAAUUGGGAGAUGGGCGAGUUUUGCUGUUUGGUGUGCGCGGCUGUUGGGGAGAAAGUGGGGAAGAGGCAUGUGAAUUGCGUUGGGCUUGUUCAGCAUGCGAAUACCGUGACGAAGACGAAGUGGAGAGGGGCUCAUCGGGAUUUUGGGAGGGUAGUGUGUGGAGUUCUUGGUUGGGAUAUUGACAAGCUGCCGGGGGUUCUGGAGGGGAAGUCCUCAGUUAGAGAUGGUGGCGUGCAAGUAAAGGAAGACAUGCAGAAACAGACUGGUACUAUUGCAGAAGUAGGGCCACAUAGAGGAGUUGGAGUUGGGGAUCCUGUUGGGCCUGAUAAAGGAGACUUGAUGGAUUGCAUGGGAGCAGAUGCAAACACUGAUUGAGCUCACCGCGGACAGCAGUUGGCUUUACUCUGGGUGCUUUUCUGCUGUCCCUUGUAUCUCACUCUCAGUUUGGACGUCCAAAGAUACGGGAUAUACUGCUGUUUUUUGGAUACUGCUGCACGAGGAGUUGGCAAAGGCUGCUCAUUGAGUGAUAAUCUACAGUAAUUGCUUUGUUAUUGUUGGAAGGAUAGUUUGUGGACUUUCUUAUCGAAGUUCCCUUUGCAGUCUAUGUUUUAUCACUGCAUUCAUCAGGUAAAUGUUGUGUGAAAUUGGUUAGUUCCUGGCAA